CUGACCCGCGUCCAAUUCAUCUCGGGUUGCGUGCGCAACGCCGCGGCGCCUCCCCCGGCCGGGCCGCCCCGCAUUUAUGGGGGCGCCGGCGCGCGCCGCGCACUCGGCGUCAUGGGUCUCCCGGGCGCGCUGCUGCUGUGCGCGCUGCCCCUGGCCGCGCUGGCCGGCCACGCCGGCGACUACGAGCUGCUCUACGUGGACCUGGACAACGAGAUCGACCACGGGCUCCCGCCCAGCGCGCCCCCCACGCCGUGCGACUGCGGCCGGGAGCCGUCGGCGUGGGACAAGCUGUUCACCAUGCUGGAGGACUCGCAGAUGCGCCAGAGCAUGCUGCUGCAGACCACGGAGCACGUCGCGCGCGCCGAACUGCCGCGGCUGCGGGCCGAGCUGGCGCGCCUGGCCGGCCGCCUGGGCCCCGCCGACGCCGCGCUGCCCGGCGCGCUGGCCGAGCUGCUGCAGGCCAGCCGGGACGCGGAACGCCGGCUGGCGCGCCUGGAGGCUGCGGGCGCUCUGGGCGCGGUGCUCGCCGAGCUGCGGGCCGCCCGCGCCGACCUCCGCGCGCUGCAGGCCCCCGCGGCCCGCCGCCGGCUGCCCGCAGGCUGUGAGACGGCCAUCCUCUUCCCCACGCGCUCCAGGAAGACCUUCGGCAGCGUGCACCCCGCCGCCCCGCUGAAGCUCGAGGCCUUCAGUGCCUGCCUGUGGGUCAAGGCCACCGACGUGCUCGACAGAACAGUGCUCUUCUCCUACGGCACACAGAGGAGCCCCCGCGAGCUGCAGCUCUACCUGGGGGCCGGCACCCUGGUGCUGCUGGUGGGCGGGGAGCAGGGCCAGCUGCGCGCCGAGACCCACGUGGCCCCCGGCGCCUGGAGCCACGUGUGCAGCAGCUGGAGCUCGUUGCGGGGGCAGGGGGCCCUGUGGGUGAAUGGGGCGCUGGCGGCCAGCGCUGUGGACCUGGCCCCGGGCCACGUGGUCCCCGAGGGCGGGCUGCUGCAGCUGGGCCACGGGAAGGACGGCGGCUCCGGCGAGGGGCUCGCCUUCGCGGGCUGGCUCACCGGCUUCGACCUCUGGGACCGGGUCCUGAGCCAGGAGGAGAUCCGUGCGGCGGGGGGUCCCGAGGCCUGCCGCGCCCAGGGGAACGUAGUGAGCUGGGGCGUCACGGAGAUCCAGCUGCACGGAGGGGCCCAGUACGUGGCCUGACCGCGGGUCCUGGCCGGGCCUGGCCACAGAGCCUCGUUCGUCUUGGCCGGCGUGGGGCCAGCAGCCGGCCAGCAGGAGGGCUGGGGGUCCGGACCCGCCGGCACGGUGCUUCCUGUGGACGGUCCAGCGAGGGCCUGGCUGUCCUCCUCUGUUAACUUUGUUUUGGCCUAGAUGGCUUUUACAGGGGGAGAACCAGAGAAUCACGUCGGCUGUCUCUGUUCAUGGCUGCCGGUAUGUGCCACAGAUACAUGUAUGUACAUGUGGACAUGGACAGUGAUGUAUUUAUACCCUGUGCUGUCACGAAGGCAAGUGUAGUUCAUUUGUUGUGAUCGAAUGUGACCUUCUUGGGGGGGGGAGAAGAUAGUUAAAUAAGUUAUAUUGUAAAAUGGUUUUGUAUUAAUUUUAUGGAGAAUAUUUUUAUAAAGCUCUACUGUAAAUAAAAUAUUUUAUAAAAUGUGUCCAUCAGGUUAGACGCAUACAAGGGGUCUGUGCUCUCUCUCCUUUCAGGAAAGCGAAGCAGCUGCCCUCACACGCCAGCUACUCAGCUGUCGUGGCUGAGUGUAAAUUGGGCGCCAGGAGCUGGGCUGGCUCCCACUGCCUCCCGGUGUCAGUUCCCUCCUCCAAGAAUCCGGGAGCUCAAGGAGGUGCUGCCCUCUGGUCUCUUCCAAAGCCAUGACCCUGUGGGC